AUAUGAGACAGAGAGAGAAGGAAGGGAAGUAGAAAUGCAUAGCUACAGGUGGUGUGGUUCUAUGCCCUCAACCGCCACAGCCACAACCACAACCGCAACCACCAUGAUUCGUAGGUUGUGCUGUUUGCAGAGCGUCUCUCCUUCCCUCCCUUUCUCUUCUGCUUCCACAACCACCAAGAAGCCCCUUGUCUUCUUGGGCGCACCUCAGGUCUCCGCCAUAGUCCUUGACACGCUUCUCAACGCUUCUGCUUCUCCACAUUCUUUAUUCGAGGUUGCGGCCAUCGUGACUCAGCCACCUGCUAGAAGGGACAGGGGCAAGAAGCUCGCCCUCUCUCCCUUGGCCACUCAUGCUCUUGACAGGGGCUUCUCCCCCGAUCUCAUUUUCACUCCCGAUAAAGCUGGAGACGAUGUUUUCUUGUCAAAUUUAAAAGCUUUGCAACCUCACCUGUGCAUUACAGCUGCCUAUGGCAAUAUAUUACCUACCAAGUUUCUAGAUAUUCCUCCAUUGGGAACAGUCAACAUUCACCCUAGCAUGCUGCCAUUGUAUCGUGGCGCUGCUCCUGUUCAAAGGGCAUUGCAGGAUGGUGUUAAAGAAACUGGAGUGUCAUUAGCAUUCACCGUUCGUGCUCUCGAUGCUGGACCUAUCAUUGCUACUGAAACAAUUCAAGUUGAUGAUCAAAUAAAGGCACCUGAUUUGCUUGAGCUCCUCUUUCAUAAAGGAUCUGAACUUUUGAUUAGGGAACUUCCUUCGAUACUUGAUGGAUCAGCAAUAUUAAAGGCACAACCUCAAGAUGACUCUAAGGCUACAUUGGCUCCUAAGAUAAACUCAGAUGAAUCAUGGCUAUCCUUUGAUGAAGAAGCAUAUGUUCUACACAAUAAGGUUCGUGCCUUUUCAGGGUGGCCAGGAACUCGAGCAAGAGUGUUAGUGGUUGAGAAAAAUGGUGAGCAGAAAACUUUGGAUAUUAAAAUUAUAACCACACGACUUAGCAGUCAUGAAAGUGUGCAGUUCAAUGAAGCAGAUGAUGUUGCAUUUGUUGACGGAGCGUUGUUAUUUCCAUGUGGAAGGGGUACCACAAUUGAGGUAUUGGAAGUUCAGCUUCCUGGAAAAAAGGCAGUAAAUGCAGCUGCUUUCUGGAAUGGACUGCGUGGGCAGAAGCUGAAGAAAUUAUGAGGGUGGUUUGUCAAACAAGGCAUAUUUUAAAUUAAUUUUUAGCUGUUUAGGAAAUCGAUUUUGUUUUGAAAUUAUUUAAAUUUUUAUUUUCAUGUUAAAUUUUUUUAUUUAUGCGUUUUUCUUGACUGAUUUUAUAUUUUAUCAAGCUGUGCAUUGUGUAUGUGCUUUCCCACAAUAGAUUAACAUAUACUUA